UCACUGUUCAUUUCUUUUCGCUCUUCGGGUUUAUACACGACUGCGAACUUUCUAUUUUCUGUGAUUGCGUUGUGUGCAGGAACACCUUUUUUCAGGAAAAUAUUAGGUUCAGUAAUUAGUAAAAGUGUGUGAUACCAUAGAGAACCAUUCAUUCAUAAAGUUUUUAGGUACAGCAUACUAAUUGAAAGAAGAAAUGGCUGAAGUUGAGAAAGUUUCAACUACGGCAACGAGCCUUCCUGAGGCGGCUGCUGCCGCUGAUAUACCUUUAUCCGAAACAGGCGAUGCAACCGGCAGUAAUGCCCUGGAAUUUGGAACUUCUCCAACUCAAGAACCUUCAAGUAACUCUCAUCCUCAUGAUUCCGAGUACGAUACGGCAUCAGACCUCGAAGGUGGCGGUGAAGAGUACGAUGAUGAGGAGGAUGAUGACGAUUUAGAUGACGAAAGUAUGACAGAUGGAGAAAGCAUGACUGACGAUGAUGAUGACGACGACGAUGAAGAAGAUGGGAGACAAGGUAAUAUAAGUUUAGAGAAAGCAGAAACAGAAGCACAAAAGAAAGUAGAUGAGGAUCGUAGUAACCCGCAAUAUAUACCAAAACGUGGAACAUUCUAUGAACAUGAUGAUCGUACUGCUGAAGUGGACGCAGAUAGACCCAUAAAUAUAGAUGAAGUCGGAGAAUCGCAAGACGGAGGUGUUGGUGGAUCGAAACCACCACAAUCGCCUACCAUAUCACAAGCUUCAAAAACAAUGAAAAAAUGGCAAGCUGCUUCUGGUGUAGAACGUUGGAGUCACGAUCGGUUUGAUGCUUCGGAGCAGGCUCCUAAGUCACGAUCUGAAUUGGUUUCCUCUUAUGGUUAUGACAUUCGUACUGAAGAUGCACCACCACGAGCACGUCGACGCCGACGUUAUGGUCGCGGCCCGAGUAAAUAUUCACGGAAUUGGGAAGAUGAAAGUGCUUAUCUAAAAGCAAGUAAUAAAGAACGUAAGCCACCACGCGCUUCAGACUUUCCAAGUUUGAAUGAGCGAAGUGUUCAUAAAACGAGAAAACCACAAGUUACACGUGAAGAAAAGGAAAAUAGAGCUGAUAAAAGAUCCAGUCUAGAAAAGCCGGUUAGUACUCCACGUCCUCCGCCACUGCAAGAUGAACGUCGCGACGCUAAAGUUAGUAGUAGUAAAGGAAAAAAUUUCAGUAAUCAAUCAAACCAUGGUGGUCGGCAAGCACCAAUGGAAUUUAAGCAAAAGCAACGUAAUGCUCGUCCAAAUAAUAAUUCAUACAAAGACUCGCAAAGUGGACGCAACGAUGGACAUUUUGAGCGGGGUAAUAAUCGGCAUCAAGCUAACUCACAACAAAAUUCUGGAAUGACCGAUCAUAAUCAACAAAAACCCGGUAAUGGUAAGGCGCAAACACAUUCCAGGUACUCCCAGGCAGAGGGUGCGUAUGGUACAGUGGUGGACAACCAAGCACCCAUCAGUGGUGGUGGCAACAAUCAUCAAUCUUACCAACAGCAAAAGCAAAAAACGCAAUUACAAUCCCAACAGCAAUCCUCAUCGAAUUCAAUACGCCAGCAGUCGCAACAAAAAAGUUCACCUACCACAUCUAAUUUAUCUCAACGUCUACAGCAAGUACAGAAUCGUAACGAUCCGAGUCACGUAGGCAGUGUUCAAAUGCAUGCUCUGGCUUCACAGAAUCAAUUGGCUAAUCAACAACAACAAUUAGGUGGUGCUAACGUUGUGCUCAACAAUCAACAGGGUAGCCAACAACCUCAAGCAAUACCACAGAUCUCGCAGGAACAACGUGGGCCACCAAAGCGAUAUUCGAGCCUUCGUCGUUCACAGCAUGAAGCACAGCAUAUAACAGAUCAAAUGCAGCAAAUGCAUAUUCAACAGCAGCAACCACCUAUUCUAAUGCAGGAUCAACACAUGAUGCAAGCCAAUCUUAUGCACCUUUAUCAUCAAGAAAAUUUGCAAGCCAUGCAAGCUAUGCAGGCCAAUCAAACCCCCAGUCAACCACCGAAAUCCACUUCGGGAUAUGCCUCAGUACCGGCGCCCGCUCAAGGGCCACCGUAUGCUAAUUCUGGCAAUACUGCGACCCCUCCGGCAGCAUUUUAUGUCGCUUCACCUGAUGUAUACACUGCUACUGCUACAGCCAAUCCACAAGCGCCACCACCUGGCCAAUAUGCGCAACAAGCACCACCCAACUACCUGCCAGCAGCCUCAGCUACAACUCCAACUAAUAUCGCUUAUGCUGGCGGUCAGCCCACGCCGACCACACCACAAGUAGCUGGUGCUCCAUCAGCUACAUUUGGGCCCACACCGUCAGUGCCACCGGCAACAGCAGCUGCCGCUGCAGGAGCUGCAACACCAAACGCCAAUGCAAACUUUUCGAAUUAUCAAAAUUACAAUACGGUUGGUGGCACCACAUAUUUUGUGCCGCCCGCACAGGCAACCACACGUCCCGUGGUGCUACCCCAAAGACGUCCAACUAACGCCAUACCCAUAUUACCACCAUCAGAGAAAAAUAAGCAACGCCCCGUAGAUGCCAAGGAUGAAGCAAAAGCUGCCAAUACUGCAUCACAAGGCAAUGCACAAUCAACGGCGCCCAUUGGUAGCGCAGAAAAUAUUGAUCACAUAAUUGACAACAUGUUUGUGCAACGUCCGGCUUUCCAGCCACCACAAGCACCGGCUAAUCCAACACGCAAAAGUUCCUCACCAUCUUUAAAUGCGGACAAUAGCGGUGGAGACAACAGUAGUAGUGGUGGAAGCGUUAUGGCCAAUUCAUCGCUUUCCGAUGAUGUAAAUAUUGCCGCAAACGGCGAAAAAUCCUCGAACAAUGCAGAUAUUGGUCAAUUGGAAAAACCAGUUAACAACGCUAUGAUACUGACGAAAGAAUGAGUUGCAUUGAUUUGGUCCGGAUAAAUAUUCAUUAAAAAUUGAAAUUUCUAAAAAUUACAAAAAAAAAAUAACAUUAA